GUCGAUGAUAACAGACUGUUAUCUUCUGAGCUACAGCUUUUAUAUAAGUUCGUUGAAAGAUGGUAUUCAAAUAACCAAUCUGUUUCACAACAACUUGAUCUCGCAUGAAUAGACAAUGACAGCUUUUGAACAGGAACAAUCGCUUGGAAUACACAAUAAUAAUUCUUAUCAUGAUAAGGGCGAGAGUGAUCGAAGCAAUGAAACUUUACUUUUGGAGGAACAGUCUUGGGAGACAAUGGCUACCGUGGUACCAAAAUCCCUGGCUAUGUGUACUAUCAUGGUGUGUGCUGUCUUCGGGAAUUUGUUGGUUAUUGUAAGUGUUUUCCGACACCGUCGACUCCAUGUUACUACCAACUAUUUUAUUGUAUCAUUAGCUUUUGCUGACACGUUGGUAGCUUUAUUCGCCAUGACAUUUAACGCUAGUAUGACAAUGGCCGGGAAAUGGAUCUUCAAUCAGACCACAUGCGACCUGUGGAACUCCUGUGAUGUCCUUUUCUCUACAGCAUCAAUAAUGCAUCUUUGUUGUAUUAGUGUAGAUAGAUACUACGCCAUUAUAAAACCAUUACAGUACCCACUUAAAAUGACCACUGUCAGAGUUUCUAUUAUGCUCACUUCCGUGUGGGUAUCUGCAGGAUUGAUUUCUUUUAUUCCAAUAUUUCUGGGCUGGUACACGACAACAGAACACCUGAAGUUUCGAGAGUUGAACCCAGAAUCUUGUGAGUUUAUUGUUAACAAACCAUAUGCUAUAAUUUCAUCUAGUGUAUCCUUUUGGAUACCUUGCUUAAUCAUGGUAUUCACUUACUGGAAGAUCUAUAUGGAAGCCACACGACAGGAGAAAAUGAUCUACAAAGCGCAAACAGGCCUUGGACCUCCAAAUAGUGCCCGAAACAGCACUGAUACAACUGCCCGCAGUAGCAGUGACCAGACAGCUUCAACAAACUUACUGGCACCUCCACCACAUCGGACUUCAUGUGUUGAUGACUCCGAAAGUGGACGUUCGACUCCCACAAAGCGAGCAAUAAACAAGAUGAAACGCGAGCAUAAAGCAGCCAAGACUUUAGGAAUCAUCAUGGGAGCUUUCAUUCUUUGCUGGUUACCUUUUUUUCUCUGGUAUGUGUCGGUAACAUUGUGUGGUGACAGCUGCUAUACCCCAGAAAUUCUAGUGGAUACCCUGUUCUGGAUUGGAUACUUCAAUUCUGGACUCAAUCCUAUCAUUUAUGCCUACUUUAAUAAGGAAUUUCGAGAAGCUUUUAAGGAAACACUUCAGUCCAUUUAUUGUAAAUGCCAUUGGCCAAAGUGGCAGGUCAUUCACAGACAAACCAAUGUUUGUAACAUUGAAUGUACUCAUGUAUGAAAGUAACGCUAGUCAAUAUUUGAAGACCAUCGGAAAAGCAAUAGUUCUCUAUAAAAAUAUAUAUAAGUUUGUGUGCAGAAAAUAUACAUUUUACCUACGCUUCGCUCUUUUUUCUCAGUUCGCUUUACAAAUUACGAUACUAGAAUGUUUAGUUAAAGACAGUUCGCAAUUACAAAAACGGAUGAACAACCCGAGAGCGACAUUCAAGAGAAAUAGCAUGAAAAGGAGAUGGCUGAUGGCAUAAUAUAUAUAAAAAAAAAGAUUAAUUCAUAUAGAAAAGGGAAGAGAUCCGUUUUUUGACUGUCCCUUCCAGGUGUUCCGUUUAGAGAGCUUCUCCAAGGGAUUCAUGAGAACAGAAUCUCUUUACUAUGAUAUCAGGAUUUUGUCGUGGUUUUCGAAUUAGUUCUUUAGCAUCAAAGUCAAAACCUAUUCAAUGAAAACGAAACAUGCAGUUAUAUUAUCUUUAUUUGUUAUUUUUUUAGUGGAAUUGCUUCGAUUUUGUUUAUAUUGUAUUCAUACAUAAAAAUCGUUUAAUGUAUUGGCAAAAUUCAUUCAUUCAUUUUACUUUGUUUCGUACACAUGUUAAAUGUGAUUUAAACACCUUGACAGAGAAUUAUUACCUUUAGUAUUCAUUAUUUUCAACUAUGAUCUCAAUUAUUAUUAUAUGUAAAUUCUUUUGUGAUAAUAUGUAUGUAAUGACGACUGUAUGGUAUAUAUUUUAAAAUCUAUUGUUAUAUGUAAGGUUGGUGUUUUCUUCAUUUUUAUUUUUGUUCUGUUGUUUCGUUACUUACGUUUGAUCAUUUACUGGAAUACGAGUUCUUCAUCAAAAUAACUGAGCCAGGACAAGUCAAAGACCUGUCUUUAAGCAGCUAAAUUUAAAAAUGUGAUAGGGAAUUAUAAUUUCCCCGUUAAAUGUCCUGGUACCGAAAACUAAUAAAAACUGUUUGUUUCCUUGUUAAGCGCAGAGUAUACAAAGGCCAACAGAACUGUGCUCUCCGUAGGUAUCGAACCUCGAUUUUUAGUUUAAUAAAGACAAUUUAAGCAUUAACACAUUCUUAAUGUUUUUCUCCUAUAUUGUAAGAAAUUAAUAUUUUCUCUCUAAUGGUUACCUCAUUUUUUGAAUAUUAAACAAAUCCAUCUAAUUAUUGUGUAGUGUGGACCAGAAAAAUACGUAAUAAA